CCUCCCCCUCGCAGGCCGCCUCACAUGGGACCCACAAGACCCAAAACCACACAUCCUCGUCCUCCCAGACAACCACGUCACGUUAACAAUCGCCGAGACCGACGCUGACUUCUCCUUUCUCUCAGGGAAAGAGCCACGUCCCGAGACAGAGAUACGUUCUUUAGUACCAGAGCUUCACUCGCUCUCUCUUCUUUCUCUCCAAGUAACACUCUUCCUCCAGAACCAAGGCUUCUCCAUCGGUGUAACAGCUCAUCACUCAGCUAUGGACGGUAAGUCAAUGUCUAUGUUUGUAAAAUCAUGGGCCCACUUAUGUAAACACGGCACCAUAGACUUAACUCCGUGUCUUGACCGUACCGUCAUCAACGUUCCCGCUUCUCUUGACGCAAGAAUCUUAAACUUUUUGGAAGACAAGAACUGUGUGAGAUCGCUUAAGCUACCUCCUGUUGUGGAGAUUAGUCCAGAGAUGGUCCGGAUCACGCUCGAGUUGACUCCGGAUAAUGUUGACAAACUCAAGGAACGAGCUAAACACGAGUCAACUCGGUCUAACCUUCACUUGUCAACGUUUGUUGUCACCAGCGCUUACCUUUGGUCGUGUUUGGUGAAAACGCGUGGAGGUGGUGACGUGGAUAGACCGGCUCGGUUUAUGUACGCUGCUGAUUUUAGGAACCGGUUGGGUGAACCGGUUCCAGAGAGUUACUUUGGGAACUGUGUGUUUCCGACAGGGUGUUUCGGACAUAGAGCGGGAGUUGUGUCGGGAGGAGAUGGUUUUGUUAAAGCGGUUGAGAUUAUAAGCGGUUCGGUUAGAGUUGUUGUUGGUUCGGGAAAUAUUGAAGGGGUUUGCGAGUUGUAUAUUGAUGGGACGAAGAGUGUUGAACCGGGUACGCAGACUGUGUCAAUUGUUGGGUCGAACCGGUUUGGGUUGUAUGAGUCGGAUUUUGGGUGGGGGAAACCGGUUAGAUGUGAGACUGUAUCUAUUGACCGGAGCGAGGCGUUUUCUAUGUCUGAGAGGAGGGAUGAGUCAGGUGGUGUGGAGAUUGGUUUGUGUUUGAAGAAGUGUGAGAUGGAUUUGUUUGUUUCUUUAUUUCAAAAUGGUUUGGAAAAUUAAAAUACUUUAUUUUUGGGUUUUGAUUCGGGUUAAAUCGGAUAAAAUGUCGCCUUAUGCACCCUUGCAAACUUUGAGGACUUGGGUUCUCAUUAAUUUUCUUAUAACUUUGAUAAUGGUUGUUAACUAAAAGUAGUAUUGUG